AUGUCCGAACCACUGGAUCCAGUUGUGACCCCCCAGUCACCAGUCGAGUCAUCUAUUGGAAAUGCCGGCCUGGAACAUGACGCCAAAGACACUGACACUGCGCAAAAAUCUACCUCUCUUCGAGACCAUCAAGGCACUAUCGAGCUCAGGGCAAGCAGCAUUGUGCGAGAGUGCGAGCUCUAUAUGAACGGCUUCCCGGGUAGAGACAGUAUAUCUGGCAAUCACACAUUUCAUCCGGCUAUCAGGGGAUUUAUCAGUGGAACGGUUGAGCCAACAGAAGAGAACCUUGACGCCAUUCACGAUAUGAUCAGCUAUCGCAACAACUUAGCAAGGCUAGCAAUGCACCUACUGGACGCCACCAACAUUCCUCAGCCCAAAGGCUUGGACAUAUUCGACUUCGAUAAAGACAACUUCGAGAAGCGCAUGUCAGCGACGGCUCAGGUUAGGUGCAUCGCUGCCUGGCAGGCUCUCCAUACUGGAUUGCUACCCCGCCCUGUUGAAGAUGAGCAGCAACCACAAGGCCUCCCGUGGCACAAGCCAAACUGGUAUAUUGCUGCGGCCAUUACGCUUGAUAAGGCUAUCAAGACUAACGCUGAUAUUGAAGAUGCUGUGGAACGUAUGAGGGUUUAUUACAGAGACCAUUGUCAGGAAUUCAAGAAACUGCUUCACUACGAUGGUGAGCUGACGUAUAAGGAAGAACCUCAAGACUGA